GUGACCAUUUUGACAUCACAAUACAUUUUGCAUUACAUUAUAUAUAUAUUUAUAUCUUUAGACAUAUACUACAUACACAAGAUUGAUGCAGUGCAGUAAGAUCCACGACAGUAGUUCUACUUAGACUAACUUGUAAAGUUGUGAAUACGAUUCCUUAUUUGAAAAUAGUCCUUUUAUACUCUUCAAAUUUUUUUGUUACAUUUACGAAACAGUGCUUUUAUUCAUUAUUAACUAUUCAUGAUUAUUAUAGGGCAUUCAAUCGUGGUUUGCCAUAACAUUGGUUAUUUGGUUCUUAGCUAAAAAGUUAUACGAAUAGAAAUACAGACCUUCAGUAUCAAUUAUGAUCGAUCCAAAGUAUGCUGAUCUACCUGGAAUUGCUUACGAUCAACCAGAUAUUUAUGAAACGGAUGACACACUUGAAGGUCAGGGGAAUCAGGAUUAUAUAGAGGACGAUGGAAAUUCAGUUGAAAAAAUUUAUGUUAAUCCUACAGAUGCCUUUAACCAAUUUAAAGAUAAACGAGUUAACACGAAGGACGUUGACUUCUCAGAUACUAUCUCAUCGAAGAAAAAGACUGGUUAUAAUGUGAGUGGCAAAGAACUUUAUUGUAGAGAUGAAGAUGAAACACCUGUUGAGAGAUAUGAAAGGCUAAAACAAGAAAUUCAUGAACUAAUUGAUCAAGUUAAUAAUGCAAAGGAAAAUCCAAAAGAAAAUGAAGAAUUGAAAGCUUUAACUGACAUAGUUCAUCAAAUCGAAAUUACUGGUAAAGAAUUGGAUGACAUGAAUAUUAAUAAGCUUUUAAAUGGAAAUUCAAUUACUAAUUUAACUAAUUAUCAGGAAAUACGUUUCAAGGAGCUUACAUCCCAGAUUGAAAUUUUUAAGCAAAAAAAUAGCAUUGAAAGUAGUGCUCCUAGUAAAGAAGCCAGUGUAACUUCCCAAGAUGGGGCUAAAGUUGGAACACUAAAAUAUCAAAUGACUUAUUAUCCUGACAAAGCAAAAGUGCAAGAUAUUGCUCGAAUAAGUCACUUAGAGAAGAGACUCGGAUAUUUAGAAAAUGUGAUAGGGAUUUCUAAUGAAAGUAAUACAAAAUGCUCUCAGAUUUUAAAGUCACAAGGUAUUACAAAAUCUAUUGAGAAACUGAUGGCAAAUGCUUGUUUGUUAAAUAGUGCUCAAUUAGAUAUUUUAGAAAAUAAAGUGACCUCUUUAAUUAAUAAGAUGGAUAGCGUAAUACAAAAGAAAGCAAUGACAGCACAAGAUUCAAGGCAUGAAAAAGUAGUAACAGAAUUGUAUGAUUUAGUCAAACAAUCUGAGCAUUGCGUGCAAAUUUUGCCCCAAACAAUCGAUAGAAUGUUGUCAUUGAGUGCAUUACACCGGAAAGCUGCCGAAUUUGCAAAUCAAUUAAAAGAGUUAGAAGAUUUAAAGCAGAACAUCAGUGGAUCAUUAACAAACAAUAAAAUCUUAUUAGAAGAAAUGCAAACAAAUUUCACUGGCAAUUUGGAAAUAAUUGCUAAAGAUAUUACUGCUUUGAAUGAUCGCGUCAAGAAGCUGCAAAAGUGAGAUUUACAUAACAUUCUUUUUACGCAAUGAGAUGUACACCUAACUAAUCACUAGAUAUAUUUAUAUUAAUAAAUGUAAGUUAUGAUACAAAAGAAAUAUUGAAGGUCACCGGUGGCCAAUAAAAAAUUUUAUUUAAUUUAAGCAUUAUACAUUACAAUUACUUAAAAUGAUGUGCUUAAACAGCUUCUUUAUAUCUACAAAAACUUUUUUAAAUUCAAUACCACAUCCUUUUGAUAAACGGAAAUCUACAAGCGUUUUGUUAUCCAUUUCGAUGACAUUCAUUUUUAUAAUUAAUGGCAUCUUUCUUUUAUCUACUGUUGAAAGCGUGAUCUGGAAAGUAUAUUAUUGUUUAUACAUAAUAAAUUUUUUUACUAAAUUCAUAUUUGUUUUUACUAAUUCAAUUUAUCACUUAGAUAAUAAAUAUUUACCGUUCCAUAGUCGU